AUGAAGAAGAAAGAAAGUAAUACUAUUGUUUGUGAACCUAAAGAACUCCUGAAUCCCUCUUCCAAAGUAACAAAUUGUUGCAAAUCACUGUGGGUGAAAUAUAGUUUUCCGAAGGCGUACAUGACCAGACUUGCCAGCGACCAGCCAGUUGCAGCCAUGUCAAGGAACCCAGAUCACAACUCUCCCUCUGAGCCCAAGGAAAACAGCAUCAGCCAGAACCGUCACCAGGAGGAAAUAAUCCACAAGUUGGCUGUGCAGCUGAAAAACAUUGGAGACAGCAUCAACCACAGGAUAGUUCCAGAGGAUCUUCGAUGGGAAGGCAGAGAUGCACUGGCUCAUUUUGCCCUAGUUCUCUUCGGAGGAGCUCACGCGUUGCUGCGCUUUCUCCGGAACCACCGUUUGAUGUAA